AUGGCUGCUACCAAGUGGAUACUUCUCCUUUCUUCAGUAGCCCUGUUGGGCCUGAGCUCAGCUCAAUUCACAGAUGAAGAUUUUGACAAUAUUCACCAGCACCAUUUGACUCCCAGGAAGACGAUCAGAACCCUGCCCAGCAACAAGGUGGUAACCAGAAACGUGGACCUCCAGGUGGAAAGCAAGGAGGUCGGCAAGGUGGACAGCAAGGAGGUUGGCAAGGUGGACAGCAAGGUUGGCAAGGUGGACAGCAAGGAGGUCGGCAACGUGGACAGCAAGGAGGUCGGCAAGGUGGACAGCAAGGAGGGCGGCAAGGUGGACUGCAAGGAGGUCGGCAACGUGGACAGCAAGGAGGUCGGCAAGGUGGACAGCAAGGAGGGCGGCAAGGUGGACUGCAAGGAGGUCGGCAAGGUAGACUGCAAGGAGGUCGGCAAGGUGGACAGCAAGGAGGUUGGCAAGGUGGACAGCAAGGAGGUCGUCAAGGUGGACAGCAAGGAGGUCGCCAAGGUGGACAGCAAGGAGGGCGGCAAAGUGGACAGCAAGGAGGUUGGCGAGGUAGACAGCAAGGAGGCCAACAGGGUGGCCAUCCAGGUGGCCAAUGAAGAGGUCAUUCACUCUCCCCACCCCCAAGUGCAUAAAAAGGAAGAUGUGCAUUCAGGAGGCACCCUUGAAGUCCUCACAGGGACAUGGAUAUUUGACAGUACGUACCUCUUGAUCUACUCCAUUGUUUCUUUACAACACCAAUAAAUACACUAGCAAUUAAAUGUUGACUCCUGCUUCUCUUGAUGGUGUUAGUCAUUCAACUUUCAGUGUAUUGUGCUCUAGAUAUAGGGACAGAAGUAUGGUCCCCAGGUACUUAGUGCUUUGUUGAUUCCAGAUUAUUCUACAGAUGUACAGCACUGACUUGGACUUAGUGGUUUAGUCCUAUGUCCCCAAAGUGCACUUUGCUCAAGGUUGGAUGAGAUCCAUGCAUAUAACAAAUAUUUUUGA